AUGACUGCUCAAAGCAAAAAUAUUGUAAAAGAGCCCUCAGUGACUUCAGAAGCGAAGAGCAUGGAUGAUCCUGAACUGACUCAACGGAAGCAACAAUCCGAUGUCUCAAGCCCAGACACAGAACAAGGGAUGUCCAUUCCAGAACCAAGUGAUUUAGAUGACCAGCCAGUGAUAAAAGAGCGCAAGCUGGUGAAGUUCAUGAGUGAUCCUGAUAUUAAACAACACGGAUACGAAAGUAACGUUUUCGGUAAGAUUCCCCCGGAACUUUCUUACCUAGAAAAACGAGCAGAUGCUCCCAAGUUAUUGCCACAGAUCAAGAAAUCUCCAGUUCAAGGCAAGAAAAAGAAGAAACCUCUUACUCUUGAUGACAUGCCUGAUCUUCCCAGUCGAGCAGUUAAGGAAAUCUCUGCGGUCAACAAGAACACGAUUUUGAACUUCAACUACCAUGAGGUUGUUCUUCCCAUUGGGCCUGAUAGGAUUCUAGUUGAUGUCAAGUAUUCGUCUCUUUUCUCUUUAGAUAUGGCAAAGAUUCGAAAGUACGCGUACAAUAUAUCAAAUGAGAGAAUUGGAAUUGCCUAUGAUUUUGUGGGAGAGAUUGUUGAGCUUGGAAAAAACUUUGUCCGCAAUGAGAAAUUCAGAAAAGGUGCUAAAGUUUUUGGUGUUACAAAUCCACUAGAAAAGAAAGGAGCUUUGCAAACUUGCGUUAUUGUUAAUCCGAGUGAUGUUAUAUUUGAAAUUUCUGAUCAAGAAGUGGAGGAUCUAGGAAAGAUUGAUAUCAAUCUUCCAACGGCGUCUUCAUCAGACUUUCAAAUAGAGGAAUCGACCAACGAAGAAUCUGACAUGCGAACCGAGACCGUAAACCCAAGUUUGGACAUUCCACCGCUUGCGAGAUUUUGCACUUUCGGAUCGCAGUAUUGCCGAGCAAAACAAGCUCUCUCGUAUAUGGACAAAGUUUUCAAGAAGCAAGCAAGCGCAAACAUUCUCAUAAAUGGAGCGGAUACUCUUUUGGGGAGAAAUAUUGUUCAAAUUAUCACCUCAAGUGUCUAUCAGGAUAUUCUUCAGAGUUAUAAUAUUACACUUGUUGUUCAGGAAAAAAAUUUAGAGCAGACCAGAUCUUUUGUUUCUCAGUAUAACUGUGGAGGUCUCAGAAACAUCAAUAUUAUUGCUUUUGAUAUGAGAAAUGAGGACCUCGUGCUUCCCGGCGAAGCUAUUCCUGUCAACUUUAAAAAGGUUCCGUUUUUUGCAACCGAAGUGAUCGACAGUAUCCUGAAAAUCAUUCCAACGUCCGAAAAAAUCAGUAAAACGAAUAUCCAUAAAUUGAAAUUGGAUUUGUUUGUGGACAUAGUCGGUAGUAAAACGAUGUUCCAAAAGUCUGUGGAUAUGCUGAAAAUUGAUCAAGUCAAUUUCCCAUUCAAAGCUCGUCUUGAAGAAACAUUGAAGCCCAGUACUGUUUUUGGGAAAGCAAAAGGCGCCUUGUUUUUAAAGUUAAUGAAGCCAAAAUCAAGCGGCUCCUCAUUUGUAUCCUGUUGCGACUUCGAAUUGUCUGAUCCCUCAUACCUGGUUGACAAAAUGAUCGUCUAUAAAAGCCCGGCCCUAGACCCUUGGGCAUCAAGCUGGACUCGAGGAGCAGCCAAUCUUUUGAUUAGCGCUUACAAUUAUUUUGAAAUUUUGGAACCACAGAUCAAGAGAGAGUGGGUUGAAGAAGCCUAUAAACUCAUCAAAUCAGGUGAAUUCCGAGUACAAAUCAGCGAGAUUGUCGAAUGGAGAGAUAAUUUUCGCAAGCACAUAGACCGCCUUAAGAAGACUGAUGGUCUGAUUCUUUUCGAAGUUGAGUCUUUUUAG